AAAAUAUCUGCUACCACGGUUCAGUUCUGAACAGAGCCUAAUCCAGAAUGAAGUGCAUUGCUGCAAUUGGAGUUAUUUUUGCUUUGCUAUUUCCGGUACAAACAUUCGGAGUAGUUCUACCGAGUCUAUCCAGGCAACGGUGGCCGUGGCUAGGAAUCAAAACGGAGCUUCCGGUUGAAGAUUGCGGUGCUCCUCAUGACAUCAUCUCGGUUCAGUUGUCCAGUUGCUCCAGCAGUCCGUGUUCGUUGCCGCGAGGCACCAACGUGACGGUUAAUGCCGAAUUCAGCUCGAAUGGAACUACGAUGUCCGGCUCGCUGAAGCACGAGGUUUACUUCAUUCUGAACUCGGUGAAAACCAAGGCAACGGUUAUACCGGCCACCUGCGAGGGCACGUACUGUCCGUUCCAGGGUGAAGUCGGACUUCGGUUUACCGCCACACUGCUCGUGAACUCUACGCUCCCGAUGCUGCGAGGAUCUUUGCAAUGGGAGCUACGAAACGACAGCACAGAUGUGAUGCUGUGCUACAAAAUUCAGAUUACCGUUCGAUGAACGUUUGCCUACGGGAUGUUGCGCGACACAAUUUCGAUGUUGCAUUAAGCUUCGGUGCGUGCGACAAAAGCGCUCGUACCAUAUCUUGACUGGGAGCUUACGGUAGUUGAAAUUUUGACAUAGUGGCGGCGCUAGCGGUUAGCUGGCUUUUGAUUUUUGCUCACAACACCAAAUACUCGACGGAACAUCUAGUCGGCUGGGGGAAUUAUUUGUGUUUUGUAAUUUAUAUUGGAAUACAAUUUUGUUUAAAAGUAGAUUUUUAUGGUAUUUUAUAAGCAAAUAAAAUAUUUAGCGUUGUA